CACACAUCUGCUGUGAGGACGUGUUUGGCAUCGUGGGAGAAACUUUUGCUUUUCCAGUAAAAAUAGACCAAAAAAUAAGGGAAAUUAUUUGGACAAAAAACAAGGAUAAAGUGGCUGAAUGGGAAGGGCAAAACCAACCGACAUAUUUUACUUCUCUCCGUAGCAGAGGCUUGCUUGACACGGGGAGUGGAGGCUUGACUAUAUUUAACUUGGAGAAGAGUGAUUCUGGCAUGUACAUGUUAGAAUAUUUGGAUUCUGGGAAAAAAAAUGAGUUCUUAACCUUCAGCCUUGCUGUGUUAGAUCCCCCUUCAGAACCUGAAAUAAGAUGCAACUUCAGUGGUGAUAACCUUGUGUUAACAUGUAUAGCAGAUUUCCAGCAGCCUCUGAAUUACACUUGGAAGUUCAGCAGCAUGCAAAAGACUUCUCACAGCCAGGAAGUCUCCAUUCCGAAGAAUGUUGAUGCUUCUGAGAAAGCUUCAUGUUUCAUUAAAUUCUCUCAAACGGAAAAGAGCUCUGGUAUCUCUUUGACUCAAUGCUUUCCAGAUCAAAAAGGUAAUGAAAGCAGAGGUGGUCUUAUUGCAGCGUUUGUUCUCUUAACUUCAGCUGUAGUAAUACUAGGAGUCCUAUACAGAAGAGCUACACCUUCACAAGCUGUUGGUUAUGACAAUGAAAAGCCUGAAGCAGACAAAGAACUGAACAAGGAGGACAGUGCCCUGAAGGAUGAGCAGACAGUUAACAGUGGUAUAAAACAGGAAG